ACUGAGUUCCAGUGAGUUCUGGCUGGGGAAAAAGCCCUGGGGCAAGCCUAGGGUGGGCCACCUAAGCACAGCUCUCUUGCCCUGCGCCCCUCUGUCACCUUUGCCGACUGAAAGCAUGCCAGACGGUUUUCUCUUGCUGGGCUCUGUGGGACGAGGGCUGACUGUGCAUCUCUCUCUUUCCACCUCCUAGGUAUCCCAGGAUUUCCCCCUUCUUGGACAGCUGGUGGCGCUCUUGUCCCUUCACCUCGCAGACAACGUGAAGGAGAUUGGCCUGCAGUCAGCGGAGGCCUUGUACCAUCUCCAUUACAUCAUGAUAGCCAAAAUGGGUAAGGAACUGGAGAAGAGGAGGAAUAAAAAUAAGAAAGGCAACAUGGUCAGAUGGGUCCGAGAAGACUUCUUCAUCCCUGGGCCCUCCCUCUUCCACUACCACAUCGCAAAAGUGGCCAAGGCUUUUGGGGAGCACCUCAAGCCCAGCCAGAUCAACGAAGUCGUGUUGAAGGCGAUUGACAACCUGACAGUGGAAGACAGAGCCGUCUCUCAGGCUGCAGGAAAGCUCCUGAGGUCCUUCCUUGAGGAAUGUGGGAUGGAAAUGGAGGACCUGCCUAUGGUUGUGAAGGAGAUUUACAACCAUCUCCACCAGAUCCCCGACACCCGCACUAAGGAAGAGACGCUUUCGGCUAUUGUCAGCCUAGCCACCAAGCGCCUACAGCCGGUCGUAGACAGCCUGUUGGACUGCUCGAUGGAGUGUGAUGAAAGUGCCGCAACGAUCUGGAAGUCGUUGGUCACCGAUCCGUAUUCCAGCGUCAAGCUGCUGAGACCCCUCCUGAAAAGGCUGCAGGAUGAAGACCCCAAAGCGGAAGUCACUUCCAGGCGACGCAGCACUUCUCAAAUGCCAAUGGCGGCUACCAACGCUCUGUGUCAUAUCCUGUCGUUGCCUGAGGCUGCAGGUAUCCUGAAGAGCAAGUUCCACCACCUGCUGUUUGCACUUAGCACUCGGAUCUGUUUUGUCCAUGAGGCGAGAAGAAGAGGUUCGAGGGCGACAAGUCUAAUCCCGGAGCCCUCUUCGCAUCUCGAUCCGCUGACGACCGCUGUGCAGGCCCUGAAACAACUGAUUGGGCGUGUUGAAUACCUUGACGAAUUUGAGGUUUUGGGCUGCUGGGAUAUGCUGUCAAGUCCAGAAAGCUUUUUCGAAGGCAUUCGUCUUCUGGCAAGGACCUUGUUCACCUCCUCAACCGAACAGUACAAGAGGAUUGCCCGAUUGGCACGCGAAUAUAUGUGCUGUCCAAACAAUAAGAAGAGAGCCAUCGGCAUGGCGUUUUACUUGGAGGUAGGAACUGGAAAAAGGGAAUGCCUGUUCUAAUGUUUCUAAUGGUUUCUUUAUUCCUCGCAAUUUAACUGUCAAAUGUUCUUUAGCAUUUACACAUUUUUUAUUUAAUUGUACAACUUCAGCUGCAUUCACUGCUAUCAUGUCUAAUAUAUAUGGACAAUAUUUUUUUGAUAGAAGAUGAAUGUAUACAUAAUAAAAGAUGCACUUACAGUGGCUUUGCUCCAACUUAGGGGAUGUCCGACUC